UUUUAAGCCCUCUCCCAUUCAUUCCACAUGGACAGGACCCUAUUGACCUCAGCCAGAGUUUACUGCUACUGGGUCCUGAGGCACUGGAGCUCCUGCUGCCUGGCACUUUGCUGGGUCAUAAAGAUCCCACUGUUGAUUAUUACUUUCACUUAUUUGGGCUUCUCAGACUGCACGUUCAGAGCUGUGCCAGCUAUGAUCAUGUUGUUUGGACCAUGGUGGCCCAAAGGCUCAUCGAAGCUCUUUAGCAUCGAAAAUCAAUGAUGGGAGAUCGAUGGUGGAAUGUUUUUGACAGCCGGACCAUAGUGCUAGGAAAAGGGGUCAUGCAAUCGUUAGUCUGUCUGGUGAGUUCUGGUGGAGAGAUCAGAGCUGAACUGGUUUCAGUUGAAAAGAGGAAAGGGACAAAAUGCCAGACUUUUCUGAGGAAGGGCUGGACCACUACCUUCUGAAUCGAGUGGACCUGCGGCACCGUACAGUCGGCAGGCGUGUUGAGGAGGUUCUGACUGUGCUCAGAGAUCUGACCACUGAGGUCAGCAAGAAAGACGGACGCUUCCAGUCCAUCGCCCAUGCUGGAGUCAACAACGAGAACAUCAAGGACCAGCCUGCCAUGGUGUCUAAAUGGGCAGCCCUCCUGAGAGGCAGAUGUUCCUUCAACCCAGCCAUCCAGGUCCUGACUUCCAGCCUGGUUUUGGUCAGUGUUCCGGUGAGGGGGUUGAUUGGAUAUCAUGAGCAUGUGGCUCGUCAGUGGAGAUACUAUUCUCUGACUGGCUCCAUUCUCCCCACUCCUGUCCGCGAGCCAGAGAAACUCCACCAAUGGCUGGAGCUGGAGAGCUUCACAAGCCCCGCCCAGGACUGGCAGGAUGCCAAAGUGUGUGUUGAGGGAGACAUUGUACCGGCCAAGGUGGUCAGUCUCUUCAGAGAACAACUAGAGACCGCCAUACUGACCUGCAGCUUCAGUGGUAAGGUCAGCAUCUUGGAGUCUGUGGGUUCGGUAGUGCGUGUUGCCAUAGAGACGGCGGAGGGUGUAAUGGAGGCAGAACUUGUUCCCACUGUGGAGCUGAUCAACUAUUGGCCGAAGAAGGCCCGCUGGCCCCGCCUUCUGCACCGCUGGCCAACCACAGAGAGAGCUCGCUGCAUCAAGUCGUUUGGGUUUAACCUCAUGGCAACGUCUAAUUACCACUGGCUGUUGUCGUUCUCACGGGCGGAGCAGGCGUUGCUAGUGGCCGUUGAUGAGGACGGUGGUUGCCGUAGGAAGUGUUACCGUGUUGUCAGACAGCUGAAGGAGGACACCUGGUGUCCCGGCACCAAGCCUGUCAUCACAGCCUUCCACCUGCAGACUCUGUUGUUCUGGUGCUGUGAGAAGUUUCCAUGUGGGCGUGACUGGCGCUGUGUAAAGGAGUGUGUGCUGCGUGUAGCCAGGAAGCUGUUGAAGUGUGUGAGCCAGCGCUACCUGAGACACUACUUUGUCCGCUCCUAUAACCUGCUGAAGUACAGCAACACCACAGAGUUAGACCACACAGCCCAGAAGAUCAAUGACUUUAUAGCCAACCCCAGCCUCUAUGUCCACUAAACACUGAUUAUUAACACCAAUUCUAACAUGAUGUUUUUAUUGCUAUUAUUCUUGUCUAUCCUAAUGUCGCAAACAUAAAAUGAAUACAAGGUUGUGUUCAGUAGGGCACAGCCUACCAAAACAUUUGUAGCAGUAGCUUUUUACUGAGUCAAAUACAUACAUGCAAAUGUCUUUGGUGAAUAAAGAUGAUUCUGAUUCACAGCAUAGCAAAACAUUUUGCAUCAGGUAAUGAACAUCCUUAUUGAACAAGUCAAAUUUUUUUUUUACUCUGUACUUAAAUAAAGUAGUUUUCUAAUAUUGCAUA